AUGCCACGUUCCGUGACGUCAUCACACUGGACGGCACACAUGACGUCACGUCCCCAUUUUACUCCUCUACACAUACAAACGUACACGACACCGGCAGCGUAAGUGCAAUAAAACGGUGAAAGAGACAAAAUGGAAUGUUUGAGAGAUGCCACACGCGAGACGCUCGGACGGCAACCGCCUGCUUUGUGAUUCCCACAGCCUUCGGCAAAUCCCUCACGGUCAACUUUGGCGUUCCCUUCGCCGACGUCAUCACCACGGCAAGUGAACUACCGAAGGAUGCAAGCAACAGGAAGUACCUCCUCCGACUAAACAAAGCGCGCGGAGCCGUCUCGAUCGUUCUGCACUACUCGGCCGGCGCGAGCGACAUCGUCGGGGCCUGCUUCCACGCACAGCUGCUGAGGCUCGCUCUGCCACGCGGGGCCACCGUGGAGGUGGCCGCGGAGCACCGGGACGGCUUCCUGCAGCUGCAGAGAGAAAUAACCGCCGGCGACCCCUGCGUGUCGGCGUCUCAAGAUUUCGCGACGCGCCUCUUCCCGGAGGUGCUCGCCGGGCUGCGGAGCGCCGGCUGGGCCAUCUCGGCAAGCCUCCUGCAGGCCGACGAGUGGCGGGCACAGUGGCACCAGUGCCACCAGAAGGCGCAGUGACGACGUCAAGAAGGGGGAUUCGCGCGACAUGAGAAAAAAUGAUUC